AUGGGUGUUGAAAAUAUCUACUUGAUUCCUCAUUCUUCCAAACCUGCCAAUGAGUAUUUCAAUCGAAAACUAUUAGUAGGCCUCUAUCCAACGUUAUUCUGUUAUGGACUUGGUGCACCUGAAGAUCAAACACGACCACUCACCAUAAAUUUACGAGAACAUAUACGUUAUCUUUUAUCCUACUAUGAUCGACGUUUCGAAAAAAAUCAUAGUUCUAUAUUUGUAGUCUUUAAUUUAUUGCGAAGACGUGAUGCAUGUUUCCAUGCUCAACUUAUAGCAACGAAACCUUAUUUUCGAUCUUCCGCUCAAGAAAUUCUUUCAUUGAACACUAGUGAUAUUGAGGCAGCUCUUAAAAACAUUUCUACAAGAACAUACAAUAAAGGAUCUAACAAGGCUUUAGGUAAACUGGUAAAUCAUAUUAAAACCAUCGGCGGUCGAGUUAUGGGUUCAGCAUAUUCACGUACAUCCUUACGUACACAUCUUAAUGCAAUGAUUUUUAAUCAAAGUCUACCCAACAUAUUUCUCACUCUCAAUCCAGCUGAUAUUCACAGUCCAGUAGCAUUAUAUUUUGCAGGUGUGAAACUUGAUUUGGACAACGUCCAAGCCAAACAACUUAUGGACGCAUACAAACGUGCCGAAAUUAUCGCUUCUCAUCCUGUUGCUACUGCUAAAUGUUUCCAUAUAUUGAUUUCUAAUAUCUUAAAUACUAUGAUUCUUGGUGGACAAGGUUCACUUCAUCUGCAUCUCCUUAUUUGGCUUGAUCAUGACUUAAAGCCAGUUGAUAUAAAGCAGAAAAUUCAAGAUCCAAGUUUUCGUAAAAGUUUGAUAGCAUAUUUAGAAGAUAUCAUCAAAGAAGAUCUAGAUGAAUUCAAAGAUAAAUAUGUCUUCGAGAAUUUAGAUGGUAUAAGAGAUUUCUUUAAUUUCAAUAUCGCAUUCUUCUUCUAUAUUGCAGCGCCAAGAUCAUUCAAUAUUCCAACACGAUUAUCAAGUGAUAAUAUUUAUGCAGCUUUACAUACUAUUGAUUUAGCAGGGUUAGAAGAAAAUACAAAUGAAAAUGAUAUUCGGUUGACGCCGAUGAAAGACCAAUCUUCUCCAUCAAUUCCUUAUGCUUCUCCACCAAAUAUGCGUGGCUCUCCAUCAAUUCCCUAUGCUUUUCCACCAAAUAUGCGUGGCUCUCCAUCAAUUCCUUAUGCUUCUCCGCAACGCACCGAAUUAUUACAAACACCAAUACACGAUCAAUCAAUAUCUAGUAUGAUUUAAAAAAUCGUUAGUGACACACAAAAUCAUAAUUAUCAUUUUAGGUAUGGAUGUUUCAGAUAUCCAGUCAAGGCUACCUCCAGCA